UCCUGGGAAAGUCCUGCUUGGUCUCCAGACAAUUAUAAAAAUGUGUCCCCUGGGGUUAGUGUUCCAACAGCCUCACCUCCAGCAUCCAGCUGCCUCGCUCACUGCCAGCCCAGCAUGUGUCCUUCACGCUGCCUCCUGUUUUUGGCUACCCUUCUCCUCCUAAUCCACCUCAGUUUGGCCAGGGCCACACCCGUCUCCAGGCCUGCCAAGUGUCUUGACCAGUCCCAAAACCUGCUGAGGACCACCAACCACAUGCUGAAGAAGGCCAGAGAAACUUUGAAAGAUUAUUCCUGCUCUGCUGAAGACAUUGAUCAUGAAGACAUCACAGCGGACCAAACCAGCACACUGCAGGCCUGUUUACCACUGGAACUUGCCAAGAACGAGAGUUGUCUGGCUUCUAGAGAGAUUUCUUCCAUAACAAGAGGGAGCUGCCUGCCCCCACAAAACUCUUCUCUGAUGAUGACCCUGUGCCUCAGUGGCAUCUACGAGGACUUGAAGAUGUACUGGGCAGAGUUCAAGGCCAUCAAUGCAAGUCUUUUGGAUCACAAUCAGAAUCAGAUCGUUCUGGAUAACGACAUGCUGACAGCCAUCGAAGAGCUGAUGCAGUCUCUGAAUCUCAGUGGUGAGCCUCUGCCCCAGACACCUUCCCCGGGAGGAGCAGACCCAUACAGGGUGAAGAUGAAGCUCUGCAUUCUCCUGCACGCCUUCCGCAUCCGCACCGUGACCAUCAGCAGAGUGAUGAGCUACCUGAAUUCCUCCUGAAGAGCGCAAGCCCCUCCCCCUUCGUGCCCUUCUUACAGACAUAUGAACCAAUGAAAUUUUAAUAAGAGGCAGGUUAAGAACCAGGAAGUCUUGGCCUGGCUGAACCUUAAGCUCCUAUCGUAGCCUCACAGCCCUGUGGAGGUGGCACAGCUACCUCAGCACGGUCCCCUCAAUCAUGUCUCUCCUAUUUACUAUGCACAUUGUUCAUAAGUGUUCAUGAAAAUCUUGUUAAGGAGAGAAAAUGUCCUUUCUGAAUAGUCAGCAGUAGAGCAAGAACUGAUAAGCUAUUAUUUUUUUUUACCCAAGUGUUUGUGAGAACACUUAUCACCACUUAUUUAAAAAUAUUUAUUAUUAUAUUUUAUGUUCAUGAAAGUAUAUGAGCUUAUUUAUAUUUAUUUAUGUCCUAUUUAUUAUAAU